AUGAUGAAUUACGAUUCCACAGAAGGCUUCAGCAUUCCAUCACAUUUAACAAAUCUAAUGCCAACAUAUAAAACUAAACUUUAUCAUGUUUCUCCACCACUAGCUUUUAUUACAUUAAAUCGAUCCGAAAAAUUGAAUACGAUUUUACCUCCAGUGCCAAUAGAAUUGGAACAUGCAAUAAAUCAAGCAAAUCAUGAUAAUUCAGUGAGAGUUUUUAUAUUACGUGGUAGUGGUACUUCUUUUUGCGCAGGAUUUGAUUUUAGCGGCGAUUUAGUCAAUUUUCCUUCGAACUUGGCAGCCGAAAUUAAUUUAAUUAAUAAAUCUGUACCGUUUGAUGAGUUAGAGGCUGAAGUAAUGAAGACAGCUGAAAAAUUAGCUCAAAUUCCAGUAAUUCAAUUAGCUACUAUGAAACAAAAUAUAGGUUCACAAUCAACAAAACUUAAUGCAGAUGAAAUGAAAGACGCCAUAUUAAAUAGUUUAAAAACUGAUGAGGCAUUACGUAAAUCAAUUCAUAAUAUGAUAAUAUCAUAUCAUAAUGAUGAUCAGAGUCCCUGCUGA